GGGAUUGGGGGGUGGAGGGUUUGUGAGAGGAGGGAUUUAGGGGGAUUUGUGCUAGGAGGGGGAUGGGGGAAGAGGAUUUCACUGGCACUGGGGGUCAGUGGGAAGAUGGCCCUUACAUUGUUGGUUAGUGGGAAGAAUGUCCCUUACAUUGGUGGUAUCAGUGGGAAGAAUUCCCCUUACAUUGGUGGUUCUGGGAGAAUGUCCCUUACAUUGGUGGUCAGUCGUAAGAAUGUCCCGCUUACAUUGGUGGUCAGUCGGAAGAAUGUCCCUUACAUCUGGUGGUCCAGUGGGAAGAAUGUCCCUUACAUUGGUGAUCAGUGGGAAGAAUGUCACCUUACAUUGGUGAUCAGUGGGAAGAUUGUCCCUUACAUUCUUGAUCACGUGGGAAGAAUGUCCCUACAUUGUUGCCAGUGGAGGAAUUGCCCCGUAACUUGUGGCCAGUGGGGAAUGCCCCUUAUAUGUCCAGUGGGGGAAUGCCCCUUAUUGUUGGCCAGUGGGGGAAUGCCCCUAUAUUGGUUUGCCAGUGGUGGGGAUUGCCCCCCUUAUAUAUGGUGGCCGGGGUGG